CUAGUUUGUUUUAGCGCCAAAUUGCCGAAGCUUUCUAAAAUCGCGGAGUCGGUUCCUUGCUUGUGGACGAGCUCCGCUCCAGAGUCUUUUCUGGCUGUGCUUCUUUCCUAUUAUCGGUAACUUGUCCAUGGCGGAAGUUCUCAGCCUUUGGUCGAUCCGUUUUGGGAGACCAUUUUUCCUGAACAGCCUCUGGACACUAGGAGGCGUAAUCACGGAAAGAUGGCUCCUUGUCCACCGGUGCAGGAGGACGACAACGAACGAACGCAAUGAAGAUACAUCUUGAAACAAAAUAGAUUUUAGGUUUGUUUAGAUUAGAAUAGCAUCUAAGCUUCGUCUCCUCUUAUUGUUUUGGGGAAAUUGAUUUCAUGGUUUAGGUUUUUCUGUCGCUGAGAAGUGAAGGAUUUGAACGCUGCCUCGUUUUUUGAAUUUGUGUAGAAGAAUUCUCAUGAUUAGUUGAGGUAAAUAAUAAAACGGCUAAGGGGAAGGAAAAUUUUGGAAAUGUCUGAGUCUGAUUCUCCGCCUGUUUCUGAAAAUUCCUCUUCUUCGGACAAUGCGAACUCGGGCGAUUCUUUACCAUCCUCGUUGGGAUCUAGCUCAUCGCCUCCUUCUCAAAACUCUACCUCGUCGCCACCUUCGCCAGCGUCUAGCUCUUCACCGCCUUCAGCAGGGUCUAGAUCAACGCCUCCUUCUCAAAACUCAAGCUCUUCGCCACCUUCGCCAGCGUCUAGCUCUUCACCUCCUUCAGCAGGGUCUAACUCGUCGCCUCCUUCUCAAAACUCUAGCUCUUCGCCGCCUUCAGCAGGGUCUAGCUCUUCGCCACCUUCGCCAGCGUCUAGCUCUUCACCGCCUUCAGCAGGGUCUAGCUCAUCGCCUCCUUCUAAAAACUCUAGCUCUUCGCCACCUUCGCCAGCGUCUAACUCUUCACCGCCUUCAGCAGGGUCUAGCUUGACCUCACCACCCUCAUCGCCUUCUAGCAUAUUGCCUCCACCAUCAAAGCCUAGCUCAUCGUCAACUCCAGGGACUUCUAAUUCAUCAUCUUCUUCACCAUCUCCUCCAUCAUUAAUACCACCCCCGCCUUCACCUCCAAGCCCUAUUCAAUCAGAUUCUCCUUCACAGAGCAAAUCUUCAGAUGGAGAUUCGUCUCCACCCAUUUCAUCAAAAUCUGGCUCUUCUCCUUCACCCCCAAAUUCUAUUGCUUCAGAUGAAUCCUCCUCCUCCUCCUCAUCUUUACCAUCUCCACCUUCGCAGGGUAACCAGAAUGCUGACAAGUCUCCUCCUGGUGGUGAUGUGAAAUCACCAUCAAAACCGUCUCAGCCUAAUUCUUCACAGGGAUCUAUAGAUGGCUCCCCAGCGACGCCUUCUGAUUCCCUUUCUUUGGAUGAAAAACCAACUCAAACCACCCCACACGUGAGUCCUCCUUCGAUAGGAUCAUCCAAUGUUUCUGUUGAUAAAGGAGGUACUUCCACUGGAGCUAUAGUUAGCUUGGUCCUUGUUGGAGUUGCGAUUACAUUGGUGACUAUUUUCUUUGUGAUCUCAAGGAGGAAGAAGAAAAGAUUGGAUGCUUUGGUUGAUCACUACCGGCAGCCGCCUAGCUUUUCUGUUAAGUCAGAUAAUUAUUACCAUAGAAAUGAAAACCCCAUGGGGCAUCCCAACUUUUCAGAACAACAUUAUGGAUCUCCACCACAAUUAUCGAAUACCUCUGGCUUGUAUGGCAGUCAGCGGAGACAAGACUAUUACUCGCAGCCAGACCCAUCUGGCAGUAAGUCAUGGUUCAACUAUGAAGAGCUGAUGGGAAUAACAAAUGGGUUUUCUCAUGAAAAUCUCAUUGGUGAAGGUGGUUUUGGGUGUGUAUACAAGGGUGCCCUUCCUGAUGGGAAAUGCGUUGCAGUGAAACAGCUCAAAGCAGGCGGUGGUCAAGGAGAGAGAGAAUUUAGAGCAGAGGUUGAGAUCAUUAGUCGUGUUCACCAUCGUCAUUUGGUUUCUCUUGUGGGUUAUAGCAUAUUUGAAACUCAGCGAUUGCUUGUUUAUGAAUUUGUUCCGAAUAAAACUCUGGAGCAUCAUUUACAUGGAAAGUGGCUGCCUGUUAUGGACUGGCCAAAAAGGCUAAAGAUUGCAAUUGGUUCAGCCAAAGGAUUGGCAUACUUGCAUGAAGACUGCCACCCUCGAAUCAUCCACAGGGACAUUAAAUCUGCUAACAUUCUUAUAGAUAAUGAUUGGGAAGCACAGGUUGCUGAUUUUGGCCUUGCAAAACUUUCAAAUGAUACUCAUACGCAUGUGUCUACUCGUGUCAUGGGAACCUUUGGAUACUUGGCCCCAGAGUAUGCAUCAAGUGGAAAGUUGACUGAUAGAUCCGAUGUUUUCUCCUUUGGUGUUGUACUACUAGAACUUAUAACUGGACGUAAGCCAGUUGAUGCUAGUCAACCAAUGGGGGAUGAGAGCUUGGUUGAAUGGGCUCGGCCUCUCCUUGUUCAUGCCCUUGAAACUGGAAACUGUGAUCAACUAGUCGACCAAAGACUUGAGAAUUGCUAUGCAAAGAAUGAGAUGUUCCGAAUGAUUGAAGCGGCUGCUGCAUGUGUUCGACAUUCUGCUCCUAAACGACCUCGUAUGGUUCAGGUUUUGAGGGCCCUGGACAGUGAAGGAGAUAUGGAAGACCUCAGCAACGGCAUGAAAUUUGGUCAGAGUCAAGUUUAUGAUUCCGGUCAGCAUUCAGCAGAUAUCCAGAGAUUUCGAAGAACGGCACUAGGAACUGAUGAUUUCACUUCUGAAUACGGAUACUCCAAUGAAUAUGAUCGCCGGAGCUCACCAAACAGCGAAGAGUACCGUAGUCAUAGUCGCGAGUAUCAUCGACGUGUGCCGCAGAAUCGAGAUUUGUCGAACUCACAGAGGUCUGGAGAAAGUUCAGGUGAGUACAGUGGUGAGUCAGAGACUCGUGCUAUGUUUCGCAAACCAGUUGAAAGGAGUGAUGUUGGAAACUAUCGAUAUGGCAGCAGAGGCUUUCCAUGAAUCAGGCAACUGAAGCUAUGCGAGCAGAUGUAGAAGGAAUGGCUUUGUCAGCUUCCAUGAGCCCUGUAACUUCUUGUAGAAAGGUUAGGUGCUGGAGUAGAUUUUUGAUUGUUACUAGAGGAAUUGCAAUCCUGUUCUUUGAGAAGACGACAAAUUGAACCAUGGCCAUUCCUUCUGAUACAAAUUUUUAUCUAUGACAUGAAAUUGCUACUGUUGACUUAUUGCUCGCGUAUACGCAGCUUCUGAUAUACUUCCAGUAACUUGUAUGUAGAGAGCAGCAUUAAAGAAGUGAUAAGAGUCCAAGGCUUGAUUCAGAUCUUUCCACUGUAAUGCAAAAUGAAGCUUUCUUGUCACAAGAUGUACUUGUCGAUAGCAUUUUUUUCAAGAU